AUGGGUGUCAAAAACAAGACUCUAGUGACCGUGUUCGAGUUUUCUGGUCUUACUGAUGAUAAAUUAGUUGCCCCCUUCCUCGUCAUGUUGUUUUUAGUGGUUUACAUGGUGACCAUAUUUGGAAACAUUGGGAUGAUGGCCAUAGUUACUAUCUCGCCCAGCCUCCACACUCCUAUGUACUACCUCUUGAGAUAUCUGUCUAUGGUGGACCUCUUCUAUUCUUCAGUAAUUACUCCUAAAAUGUUGUCUGAUCUGAUUUCUGAGAGGAAAUUAAUCACAUUCAUCGGCUGCGCCCUUCAGUUCUUCUUCUUUUGUGGGCUGGUAGCUAUGGAGGUCUUUGUCCUCACAGACAUGGCGUAUGACCGAUAUGUCGCUAUCUGCCACCCUCUUCACUACGUGUCAGUAAUGACUAAGAAGAAAUGUCUCGGUCUUGUCCUCCUCUCUUUCUCCAUGGGAUUUGCACAGUCAGCGGCACAGACCAGCAGUCUAUUCACUUUAGAAUUCUGUGACUCUAACCUCAUAGACCAUUUCUACUGUGACAUUCCUCCACUGAUCAGGUUGUCCUGCUCUCCAACCCGCAACUGCACCAUCGUCACCCUUUACUUUGUGUGUUUGGUUAGCUUAAGUUCAAUGAUGACCAUCCUGGUCUCCUACGCCAUCAUCAUCUCUUCCAUCUUACGGAUAAACUCAGCGUCUGGCCGGAGGAAAGCAUUUAGCACCUGCUCCUCCCAUCUCAUGUGUGCUUCCAUCUUCUACAUCACAGUUUUCUGCACUUACUUUCAUCCAUUCUCCACUGCCCUCCAGAAUCAGGAAAGGGUCUCUUCUGUCAUCUUCACGGUGGUGUCUCCAAUGCUGAAUCCUCUUAUCUACAGCCUGAGAAACCAAGAAGUGAAAAAGGCCAUCCUACAUCUGCUCCAGAAAAGUCCCAAUUAA